UGGGGCGGAAGGGGACCCGGGCCAGGCUUGUGUUCGGUUCCUUGGCGGGGCUGGGGUUCCGAUGUGGUCCCCGGAGCGGGAGGCCCAGGCCCCGACCGGGGGAGACCCGGCGGGCCUCCUGCCGCCCGAGUGGGAGGAGGAUGAGGAGCGCAUGUCGUUUCUGUUCUCCGCCUUUAAGAGGAGUCGCGAGGUGAACAGCACCGACUGGGACAGCAAGAUGGGCUUCUGGGCUCCGUUGGUGCUGAGCCACAGCCGCCGCCAAGGGGUGGUGCGCCUGCGACUGCGGGACUUGCAGGAGGCCUUCCAGCGCAAGGGCAGUGUCCCGCUGGGGCUGGCUACGGUGCUGCAGGACCUGCUGCGUCGAGGUGAGCUUCAGCGAGAAUCAGACUUCAUGGCCAGUGUGGACAGCAGCUGGAUCUCCUGGGGGGUUGGAGUCUUCCUGCUGAAGCCCCUCAAGUGGACUCUUUCUAACAUGCUGGGGGAUAACAAAGUUCCAGCGGAGGAGGUGCUGGUGGCUGUGGAGCUGCUGAAGGAAAAGGCCGAGGAAGUGUAUCGCCUGUACCAGAACUCGCCCCUCUCCUCCCACCCUGUGGUGGCUCUGUCAGAGCUGAGUGCUCUGUGCGCCAACUCCUGCCCGGAUGAGAGGACCUUCUACCUCGUGCUACUGCAGCUGCAGAAGGAAAAGAGAGUCACUGUCUUGGAGCAGAAUGGAGAGAAGAUUGUGAAGUUUGCCAGGGGACCACAUGCCAAGGUGUCUCCUGUCAACGACGUGGAUGUUGGGGUCUACCAGCUGAUGCAGAGUGAACAGCUCCUCUCUCGAAAGGUUGAGUCUUUAUCCCAAGAGUCUGAGAGGUGCAAAGAAGAAGCCCGCCGGGCAUGUCGAGCAGGAAAGAAGCAGCUGGCACUGAGGUCUCUCAAAGCCAAGCAGAGGACAGAGAAACGCAUUGAGGCCCUGCACGCCAAGCUGGACACUGUUCAAGGCAUCCUGGAUCGCAUCUAUGCCUCCCAGACAGACCAGAUGGUCUUUAAUGCCUACCAAGCUGGUGUGGGAGCCUUGAAACUCUCCAUGAAGGAUGUCACAGUGGAGAAGGCGGAGAGCCUUGUGGAUCAGAUCCAGGAGCUAUGUGACACGCAGGAUGAAGUUUCUCAGACUCUGGCUGGCGGGGUAACCAAUGGUUUAGAUUUUGACAGUGAGGAACUGGAGAAGGAGUUGGACAUCCUCCUUCAGGACACCACCAAAGAACCUUUGGAUGUGGUUGAAAACCCCCAUGAGACGCUUUAUACCAACAGUGUGCCUAAGCCUAGGAUCUUGGAUGCUGAACUUGAAGCUGAACUUGAAAAACUGUCCUUAUCAGAAGGAGGUUUGGUCCCAAGCAGUAAAUCUCCAAAAAGGCAAUUGGAGCCAACUCUCUAAAGCCAUUGCAGGAACUCAAGUGAAGGACCCUCAUGUAUCAGAGAGGCAGCCUUGCGUGUGUAGUGUACAUAGUUAUUUAAUGAAAAACACUGAAUUGUUGGAAGAGGAGGGAAGAACCACUUGGAUGUAUCUGGAUGCUGCCACUCAUGCCAGGACAGAUACAGCUUCUGGAAGCCAUGCUAUGGAGGUGUGCUCCCAGUGAUGUCAUGGACCUACCUUCUCGUCUUUAUAGUGCCACAAUUUAUACAGUUCUGUGUUUGACCUGUCGUCUUCAUAGCCUGCAGUUCUUGCCAUUGGCUCCGUUAGGUUUGUCUUCACCCACCAGGUUCAUUCUAGCCAGUGAAGGUGAAAGGUUUGCAGCUUUGCCCAUCUAAGCCAGCCCUCUCUCCCACUCGAGGUCUUUAAACUGCUCCCCUAUCCUGUGCUUUAUCGGGAAUGGGAGUCAAACAAGUUUUAUUUAGAGAGACCCAACAUGAUUCAUCACAGUCUCUGGGUAUUCGUGGCUCUGAAUAGUUCAGGGUCAUGGCAGUUUUGGGGGUGGCUUAUGUGAUUGGGGGCCACACUGCUUCCAUCUUAGGCAGAAGCAGAUCUGGUGAUGGGGAGGGGGAAAAGGUUAAUCUGUCUUUUGAACUUGAGCAGGAGAAACACAAGUAAACUCCAGGCCCCACCCAGGGUGUGAAAGAAGCUGGGUUCUUGUUUUGGCCCCAUUAUAAAUGAUGUGUUUUCUGGAGCAAGCCACACGGCAUCACAUUACCUGUUUCUUGAGCCUGACACUCAACUGGCAGACUCCCUGUUAGGAUCUGGAAAGUGUCUUAUCACGUAUCCAGCACUCAGGGCAGGGGCCUGGAUGUCCCAGAAUGUGCAAUAGGAGGAGGUGGCUCUGGCCUGCUGCAUCUGCCGCGUGCUGCCUUGGGCCUGAUCUGCCCUGCUUCUGUGAACUGCAGGACAGGCAGUAGAUCUGAAUGCUCUGGUGGCAGCAUGGAGAAGAAACAUGACAGCCACACUGCCAGUCUGCUGCCCAGGGAUGGUGACUGCCUGGACCUCUUUGCACUGCCCCUUCUGCUUGAGGUGACACGAGCAGAGGGGAGAACUUUGCCUCAGGCCAGGAGCACGAAUCACUAUUCACGAAUCACUGAGUGUCUCCCACUCAGCUUUGGCAAAUGGAAAUACUGGGGGUGAAGAAAAACAAUCACUAUUUUUUCUUUUUUAAUCUGGUAAAUAAUUAAAAGAGAAAAACACCAGG